CCCUAUUCCGUGACGUGCCCGGUUACGGAAAAUCGAAACCCUAGAACUCGGCAACUCCGAUCACUGUCAUCCCCCUCUUUUCUAUAUUGAAUUCGAAGCACUUCAAAAACAUCGAAGCCCUCUGCUUUCUCGCCUGGCGCAAAUCCUAGCUCUCCAUAAAGCAGCGACUGGUCUCUCCUUUGAUUUUCCAUUCAAACCAGUUAAAGGGUGUACCUUGACUUGGAUAUCCAAUGAGGCUAGAGAAGUGUUGGUUCUGUUCCAGCACGAUUUAUCCAGGUCAUGGGAUUCAGUUUGUUCGCAAUGACUGCACAGUUUUCAAGUUUUGCAGAUCCAAAUGCCACAAGAACUUCAAGAUGAAGAGGAAUCCUCGUAAAGUGAGAUGGACGAAGAAAUAUAGAGAAUUGCAUAACAAGGACCUUGCACGGGAUACAGUCUUUGAAUUUGAAAGAAAGCGUCAGAGACCAGAGAGAUAUGAUAGAAAUCUUGUGGAGAACACUCUGAAAGCUAUGAAGAAGAUUGAUGAAAUUAGAGUAACCAGGAGAGAGAAAUUCUGGCUAAACAGAAUGAAAGUAAAGAAGAGCAAGGAGAAAAAGGAAGACUUAAAGGAGCUGGAGCAGGGAAUAGACUUGGUGAAAGCCCCUCUUGCGUUCCAGGAGGAUUCUACCUUAACUAUUCCGAAGGCCAAGAAGAUGAAAGUGGUGAUCACGAAACCAGAAGAAGAGAGACGUCAAAUGGAAGAGUGAAAAGAUAUUUUCCUUAUCAGAAAUGCUUUACCUGUUCUCUUGUUAUACUUUGCUUGCUUCUUUUUUUUUUGGGUGGGUUGUUGAUUUUACCUGGCUUUGCAAGAAUUUAAAUGGAUGAGUGAAGUCAUAUUAGUUUCUCUUCUUAUUUUGUUUUAUGGUUAUUGGGAUCUUUUUGGUAAACCAUUGCCAAGUUGAAUUGGACAAUCUUUUUGAAAUCCUGCUUCCUGAGGCGAUGCUGUGGAAAUUUUGUACCACUACAGGAGAUGCUAUGGAAAUUUUGUACCAAUACAAGAAGAAAAAUACUCUUUUCCCUUUUCUUCUUUAAUAUGAUUAUGACUGCCCCAGA